ACGCGGAGAAGAAGAAGAACAAGCGCCACCGCCGCCACUAGUUGUGACUAGUUCACUACAGCAGAGUGGAAGAGGAAGAAGUAGAAGUGUUUAAAUUUAUAAUGUUGCUGAACACAAGCUCCGAAUGGUAAAUGUGUGUGUUCGUGAAAGUACAGUUCAGACUUGUUUUAAGUUAAUGAACUAGUUGAAGGUUAAACAUGGAGCAGACGACUAGCAUCAGCGCAGACCGCGGUCAACAAUCUCACGGUCGGUUGACAUAUUGGCGCAGCUGGAGCGGAUUUUGGUUCCUUGGCCUGUGCAACAACUUUGCCUAUGUAGUAAUGCUGAGUGCUGCACAUGACAUCCUCAAAAAACAAGAGUCAAAGAAUGCUACAUCAUCUAUACAAACUACACUUACUAUGGAUUUCCAAGGUGGGAACAGUAGCAACAGCAGCCGCUAUGACUGCAAUCCUGUCUCUACUGCGGCUGUACUGUUAGCUGACAUUCUUCCAACACUGGCCAUCAAGCUCUCUGCUCCUUUCGUGAUUCAUAAACUACCUUAUGGUUUCCGAGUGUUGUUCUGCAUCAUUAUGGCAGCAAUAAGUUUUCUACUCGUGUCCUUCUCGUCAGCUGUGUGGAUGAGUAUUCUAGGAGUGGUGUUUGCAAGCAUCAGCUCAGGACUGGGAGAACUGUCUUUCCUCGCUCUCACUGUCUUUUUCACCAGAGAUGUACUGGGCGGCUGGGGCUCAGGUACUGGUGCUGCUGGUGUUGCUGGGGCCUCACUCUAUUCGGGCCUCACUCAGGUUGGACUGUCACCACAAGUCACGCUUCUCAUCAUGUUGGUCGUCCCGGUUGUUAUGUCCAUCAGCUAUUUCGUCCUGCUGAACCACCCUCCAUCAUUUCCUCAGUGGAGAUGCAGGGAGGCUGAGUAUAGAGCCGUGGGAACAGACGAAAGGCAACAGCUGAUGAAUGAAUCAGAGGACGAGCAGGAGCCGACUGCAGUGAAUAAAAACAGCGGACCUCUUACUAUUGCAGAGAAAUUACAUGUAGUCAAAGGCUUGCUGAAGUUCGUGGUUCCACUGGGGCUGGUCUACUUUGCUGAGUACUUUAUCAACCAAGGUUUGAUGGAACUCCUGUAUUUUCCACACUUUUUCCUGUCCCAUGCGGAGCAGUAUCGCUGGUACCAGACGCUGUACCAGAUCGGCGUGUUAGUGUCUCGAUCCUCACUGUGCUGUGUAAAGAUCAGAAAACUGUGGCUGCUGUGUGUGCUACAGAUGGUGAAUGCAGUGCUGCUCUUGUUUGCGGUACGCUACCAGUUUCUGCCCAGUGCCUGGCUGGUGUUUGUCAUUAUCCUCUAUGAGGGUCUGCUGGGAGGAGCUGCAUAUGUCAACACCUUCUACUUCAUCAGCAAAGAGAUGGACGACAGACACAGAGAGUUUGCCAUGGCUGCUGCCAGUGUAGGAGACAGUUUCGGCAUCGCUCUGGCUGGAGGCGUUGCCUUCCCCGUCCACAAAUACUUUUGUGGACUGUGACCCAGCCCACACACCUCCAGAAUAUCUGAGCAAGGACAUUUGUGUUCUGAAAUGGAAACGCAAACCUUAAUCCUGCAUAAAAAUACUGACUGUGUUCUCUACUAAAGACUGAGCCGACCAGUGACACAAAGUCUCAUCUCAAAUAAUCACAUAGCAUCACAAGCUAUCGGAGCCCUCGAAAUGGUUGUCUGUUCAAUGGAAGACAAUGUAGGCUUAAUCAGUGAUGAGCAUUUCAGUGAAAAUGCCUGUGCUGCAGGAAACACCCAAAAUUUGUUUACUCAACUAACCAGAUUUUAUUUUAAUAUUGUAUAUUUCAUAUUCCAUCUCAUUCAUAUCAUUCACUUGGGCCCAAAACUGACCAUACUUUAUGAACCUCUGUUUAAACCAAACCAACUAUUAUCAGAUGUCAUUGGGUUUAAAUCUCCAUCCUGCCAGAUAAUAUAACAUGACUGAGUCCUAUAAUUUUCAGCUGUACUGAAAGGCAUCACUGCUAGAAACCAAAAUGAUUCAACUAAUAUGUGCAAUAUGAGUGAAAUGUAAAUUACAGCCAGUUAUCCUGUGUCCCCACAGUGUCUAGGCCGGCUGCUGAUGACCUGCCAAACCUAGAUCAGGGCAUUAUUAAGCUAGCAGACAUAGUAGCUCAAUUAGAUUUAGAGAUCAGGGAAGGUCAGUGGUAUUGUGCCCUUUAUCAUGAACCAUUUCAUUCUUGACACCUGAGGUCCAACAUUGUCCCACUGCACCAGUGUUUGGUUCAGUAUUGUUUCACUGGUUCUUAUAAUGAACAGUCAUGUUCAUGUAAUUUUCUGAUAUUACAGAUUGUGUAGUGUUCACUACAGCAUCUCCAGAAUCAGAGUUUACAUUUGUCAAAUGUUUGGUGUGAAUUAGCUUUGUUUAAUAAGACAUGGCAGCAGUGGCAGACCUGCCAACACUGAUGUUCAUGCAUUAAAGUGUCUUAAUUCUCUCAGCGGUACUUAAGGAGCGAUAUGUUACAUAUAAAAGGGCCAAACCUUUAAUUACUUAAAUUGAUUUAUUGCACCACCUGAUUUUAGUCUAAUUAUCGACAACUAGUAGGGGGAUCAUUGAUCAUGUCAACUCCAAUGUGCACUUUCCUGUUAUCAUGUUAUCUAUGAUGCUACUGUUUUUAUAAACCUGGACUUGUCUGUUUUAUUGCAAAUUAAACUUUCUCAAUGCGGUAUUAUAAAGCCAUGGGUACUUUUACUGCAGUUGUUUUUUCCCAUUAAUGAUAAUUACAGUGCAUUGUGUGUUUUCCUGAUGUUGGUGAGUCAAUUUUUGUCUGACGCUUAAGUACCAUUUAACAUGGACACAAUGGACACUGCAGCCUGCUCAUGUUUGACCAUACAUUGUCACAUUUCAUGAUUUGUUUUGAUUCAAAACAAAUUAGUUAAUUGUUAAAGUUUUAUGUUUAAAUUUGGUAUUUUCCCUUAUUAAUCACAAUCUGUGUUUUAUUGUGUUUCUUGUUGGAUUGUAGUGAAUUAUAUUGUCGUAAAUAUUGUACUAAAGAUAAAAAACAGGCUUUUUUAUGUUUAGUUGUGUUGAUUUAUUAGUAAAAUGUUGUACCAGAACUAUAAAUAGCUGGUCCAUCUUUAUAGCAUUGUAUAAACUAUAAUAUAUUAAAUAAAUUUCCGGUGAGUUGA